AAGCGCGCGCAUCUGCCAGUUUUGUUGAUAUCGUGACCGGUGAGAAUGUUUACAUUAUACAAAUUGGAAUAAAUCGGAAUAUGUUUGGACAUUUUGCUUGCUCUCUACUAAAUUUACAAGAAUCAAUAAGUAUAUUUGAAGAAGAUUAUCUGACGGAAAUACAAAUAAGUGAUUACCAUAGAAAAACACUGAAAAAUGGCCAAUCUAAGACCACUUCACUGUCUCAAUCUCGAUGCCAAUCAGCAAAAAAACUUCAUAAAAUUCUUCAAAACACUUGCAGACAAACCCGCCACAACUGUGCGUUUCUUCGACCGUUCGGACUACUACAGUUGCCAUGGAUCGGAUGCUGAGUUCGUCGCCAAAUGUGUUUUCAAGUCUACGAAUGUGGUGAAAUUCAUGGCUCCCGCAGGAUCAGACGUAGAAGUGCCAUACGUGGUGCUAAGCAAGAACAACUUUGAAAGUUUCGUGCGGGACCUCCUGUUGGUUCGGAACUACCGCGUGGAGGUCUAUACAAAUAAAGGCCCUACGAAGACUUCCAAUGACUGGGUGCUAGAGUUCAAGGGAUCGCCUGGAAAUUUAUCUCAAUUCGAAGAUUUGCUUUUCGCCAACAAUGACAUGGUAGCUGGAUCGGCAUUGAUUGCUCUACACGUGAAGCAGCAGGGAAAGCAGAAAAUGAUCGGUAUUGCUUGCAUCGAGAAUAACGAGCGUACAUUCUCAGUAUCGGAGUUCAUGGACAAUGAUUUCUACUCCGAAUUGGAAGCAAUGGUUGUGCUGCUUGGCCCGAAAGAGUGUGUUCUUCCGUCUUCUGACGCUGAGUAUGAACGGAUUAAAACUCUCAUGGAAAGAAACAACGUGAUCGUUACACUGAAGAAAAAGCAAGAUUUUUCGUUGGAAAAGAACGACAUCAUUCAAGACUUAAACAAGCUGUUGAGAUUUGCUAAGGGUCAACAGGAAAGUGCCAACACAAUGCCGGAAACAACGAAAACUAUUGCCUUGGCAGCACUGGGUGUUGCCAUACGAUACCUGGAACUCGUGAACGAUCCUUCCAAUCAUGGUCACUACGAACUGAAAAUGCUUAAUCUUAAAAGGUUUGUCCAUCUGGAUGCAGCUGCCGUUUCGGCUUUGAAUCUUUUCCCAAAGCCAGGAGCCCUUAUGAAUUCGAUUGCCUUCAAAUGGCAUAGCGUGUUGGGGGUUCUAGAUCGCUGCCGAACCCCUCAAGGGCACCGUCUGAUGGCCCAAUGGCUCAAACAGCCUUUGCGAAGCUAUGAUAUUAUCAAAGAUCGUCACGACAUUGUUGAAUGCUUCGUUGACAGCGCUACUGUUCGGUCUGAACUACACGACAUCCAUAUGAAGCGGCUACCAGACAUUCUCAUCGUCGUUAAGAAAUUGCUCAGGAAGAAAGCAUCCCUACAGGAUAUCUUUCGGCUGUAUCAAAUAGUUUUGAGGAUGCCGAAAAUAAUUCGCCUUUUGGAGACGCUCGAGAAUCCGACUGUAAGGAACAUUAUCACCGACCCAAUGAAAGAUACUUUGGCAGAUCUUAAACUGUUCAAGUCCAUGGUCGAGCAGAUACUCGAUUUGGAAGCUGUUGAACGCGGCGAAUAUCUGGUGAAACACACCUUCGACGACCAAUUGAAGGAGUUCAAAGAACAAAUGGACGAUCUGGAAAGUAAAAUGAAACGAUUGCACGGCAAGGUGGCAGAUGAAUUGGGGUUGGAGGCUGGCAGCUCUAUUAAGUUGGAAUUUGUUGGACAUCACGGGUUCCACUUCAGGAUUUCUCUCAAAGACGAAACCAUCAUUCGUAAGAGCACCAAAUAUCAGACCUUGGAUGCUGUUAAGGGUGGAGUCCGAUUUACCAGCGACAAACUUGCCGAUUAUAACGCUGACUUUUCCGCCGCGAAGGCAUCCUACGAGGAGCAACAGAAAACAAUAGUGGACGAGGUUGUUCGAAUCGCCAUCGGAUAUACCGAACCGUGGACAAUGCUGAACAACCAAAUUGCUCAGCUGGAUUGCUUCUUGAGUUUUGCCAUAGCAGCUGUGAGUGCUCCCGAGCCGUAUAUCCGUCCCAAAAUGUUCCCAGAAGGAGAAGGUCGAUUGAAGUUAACGCAACUUCGUCACCCAUGCUUGGAAUUGCAAGAAGAUGUUAACUUCAUAGCAAAUGACGUGGUUUUUCAGAAAGAUGAAACAAUCAUGUACAUUAUUACUGGUCCAAACAUGGGCGGUAAAAGUACUUACAUUCGAUCGGUUGGCGUUGCUGUGCUUAUGGCCCAUGUUGGAGCAUUUGUUCCGUGCUCUGAAGCUGAGAUUACUAUCAUUGAUUCAAUUUUGGGACGCGUAGGAGCAGAUGAUAAUCUUAGUAAGGGUCUCAGUACUUUUAUGGUGGAGAUGGUUGAAACUGCGGGCAUUAUUCGCACUGCGACCGACAAAUCAUUGGUGAUCAUCGAUGAGCUGGGUCGAGGAACUUCUACGUAUGAAGGAUGUGGAAUUGCUUGGUCUAUCGCGGAAUAUCUGACCAAGGAAAUAAAAUGCUUCACUAUGUUUGCCACCCAUUUCCACGAGAUCACUGAAAUGGCAGAAUCGCUAACAACCGUGAAAAGCUGCCAUAUGAAUGCCAUCGUGGACAACGACAACUUCACUUUGCUGUACCAAGUCAAACCUGGAAUGAUGGAGAAAAGCUUUGGCAUCCAGGUUGCGAAGUUGGCGAAAUUUCCCCCCGAAGUCGUUCAGUUUGCCCAAAAAUUGUAUGAAGAAUGUGAAGAUCAUUUCGCUCAACUACAGAUUGAAAAAGAUGACGAGGGAAUGCAAGUGCUGAAAGCUGCCCUUGGGAAAAUUGGCAAAGUUGAUCCAAACAACGACGAUUCCAUCGGCACGAUGCUUCAAGAUAUACGUACUUGCGUUAAGCAAUCAAGCAGCACAUAUUUCAGGAAAACAUUUCCACAUCUGUAUGCCUAAGUAGGUACAAGCCAUUCAGAUGGAAAAGCAUUUUCUCCGAAAAAGUACAAAUCCUAUUUGUUUUAAAACGUUCCAUUUGGAUUAAUCAAUAGACAUUCUUGCUUAUUUGUUCAA